AUCCUUUAAGCCACCAUCGCUUCCCUCUUCUUCUUAAGCAUCUCCCUACCUCUGAUCCUCUGAUCCUCUCCCAACAAGUCUUAGACUUUCCCUUAUUCUCCGUCUAAAUGGCAAUAACAGUACCAUCACCAAAGGUAAAACCAGCACCUAAACCUGCAGAAUCCAAACCAGAGCCUCUCGAGUACAAGGUAAAUCUUCUCUUCUACUUCUUGUGUUGGGACUAAAAUCUUAUCUCGUGUCUUUGGAACUCUGUUUUCGACAGACGGUUUUGAAAGUCACCGGUCACUGUGCUUGUGAAGGCUGCAAGAAGAGACUCGAAAAGAUCUUAACAAUAAAAGGCGUUCAUACUGUGGAUAUUGAUUUGGGGGAGCAAAAAGUGACAGUAAAAGGGAACGUUGAUUCAGAGACUUUGAUCAAGGAAUUGAAAAAGAAGAUAUCGAAACAUAUAGAGUUGUGGCCUCAAGGCGAUCAAGAACAGAAAGAGCAAGGAAAGGGGAAGAGCGAACAGAAAAGCAGCGGCGAAAAGGGUAACAGUACCACCGGCGGUAAUCUUCUUCUUAAGCACCUCCAUACCAUUACCAGACACUAUUUCUCGCUCCCAUUCCUUCUUUCUUUUUCCUUCCUCUGAUCCUUUCCUCACAAGUCUCAACUUUACCUUAUUCUUCGUCUAAAUGGCAACAGUACCAUCACCAAAGGGAAAACCAGAACCUAAACCUGCAGAAUCCAAACCAGAGCCUCUCAAGUACAAGACAUGGGAAUUGAAAGUCCCCCUUUACUGUGGACGCUGCGAGAAGAAAGUCAAAGAGAUCUUAACAAAAAUAGAAGGCGUUCAUACUGUGAAUAUUGAUUUUAAGGGGCAAAAAGCGACGGUAGUAGGUAACGUUGAUUCAGAGACUUUGAUCAAGGAAUUGAUAAAGAAGACAUCGAAACAUGUAGAGUUGUGGCCUCAAGGCGAUCAAGAACAGAAAGAACAAGGAAAAGGGAAGAGCGAGAAAGUGAAGGCCGAGCUCAACCAGGGUGUGACAUCGCCGGCCGGUAGCCAGUCACCGGUGUCGGAGAGUGAAAGUGGUGGGAAGAAAAGUGGCGGUGGCGGUGGAGGUAAAAAGAAGAAAGAUAAGGGGCUUAAAGGGAAUUCCACAAAAAAUGAGGUGCAGGUGCGAGUAAGGGGUUCACGGGAGCAACAAGCUCAGCCAUGUCCACGAGAGGGUUCAUCACAUUCUUGGUACCCUCCUGUUGUUAGCUCCCCAAAUUCUAUUCGGCCCCCAUCUCCAAGUAACAGUGGUUUUAACAGUAUCAAUUAUCCGAAGCCUACAGAUCAGCCAGAGUCUCCAUCUCAUGUUUCACCUGCUGAAGAGGCUGGCCUUAUUGCUCUCUUGAAGGACAAAAGUGUUGAUGAGUUACAGAGGCUUCUGUCUGACGAGGAUGCAUAUAAUCAAUUUUUCCUCUCAGUUCCCCUGGUUAAAACUGAAAACAGUGUAAGUAGCAAAUUCUAAACUGCUUCGUUGAUGCAUUUUGUCACUCUGAAUUUGUGUCAUUCAACUUGCUAUAUGGUGCUAUGUGGAUCAAAUUGUUUAGAAUGUUCUUGGUUUGUGAUUCUUUUUUCUCUGACAUUGGUAGUAGAAAGGCAUUUGAUUCUCUAGUAUGAUUGGUAAGAUUAAGUGGUCUAUUGAUGAUUGAUCACCUUGUGAGUGCCUACAUAUCAUUUUUCUUACUCUAAUCGCUUGAGAAUAUAAAGAAAGCCCAGCUUUAGUUAAGGAAAACCAUCCAAUUUCUUUGAUGGGAUUAAUGUACUGUCUAAUUAAAAUAAGAAGUAAUGAUUCUCACAAUAGGUUUAUGUGAAUAUUAAGACACUCGAUUAUACUGUUAUCCUGCUUGUAUAAUGCAUCAGGAAAGAGAGACAGAGAUCAUGCCACUUUUUUUCUUUUAUUUCCUGCAGUGACAUGAUUGCGUUUGUGGUUAUUCUGGAUUUCUAAGUGACCAACAUCAAUAAUUGCAUUAACAAGAAAAGUUUCUAUAUCCGUUUUUAUUCUGAUCUUUUCUUAUAAUAUCUCUCUUUGAUGGUUACUUCUUCAGAUACGAGAUGCACUUCGCAAAGAGAUUUUGCAGCUUGCUAGUGAGUGGUUUUCCUGUUUAUUAUA